CAACAAACAAAUGGCACCUGCUACUAGGCUUACGCUUGGUGCUCUCAGAGCUGCCUUACGCCCUCAGGCCAUCGCAGUCCGCUCCUUCCACUCGUCAAUUCGCCGCCAUGAACAGUUCCUGAACGCAGACUCUGCGACGUUCCAAAAAGCUGUCGCGAACAAGGACAAGGUCGUCCUCGUGGACUUUUACGCCACCUGGUGCCAGCCGUGUAAAAUGCUCUCGCCCAUCCUAGAGAAGAUUGCAGCGGACCCCUCGACCAAUACUGACCUUGUCACCGUGGACACAGACGAGCACUCAGACCUUGCCAUGGAGUAUGAGGUGGCUGCCCUACCGACCGUCGUUGCAUUCAAAGGUGGCAAGCCCGUCAGCCGCUUUGUCGGCGCGCUGCACGAGCACGAUCCGCACAAGGCUUCCAUUCUCCCAAGAGCUACCGCUCUCCCUGCCCCUAUGCGUAUGCAUAAGAUUGACGGAAGGAUUCGGCGCUUGGCCAAUCAAGAGAUAGUGCUCUCCAUUGCGUGA